AUGUUACUAGACAACUCGGCCGAGUUUUUACCCAAUGAUACUUUGACAAUUCAAGCUGAAGUUAUAAUUGAUGAUGAUGCCUUGACCAUUCCAGUCGAAAAUUUACCUAACUCAUCACAAAGUCAAUUAGCUCAAGAUUUAGGAAAUCUUUACGGGAGCAAAGAAAAUUGCGAUAUUACAAUAAUUGUUGGAAAUACAAGAUUUGAUGCUCAUAAAUUAAUUCUGAAUGUCUGA